CACGCUGCUUGUCGUCGCCUCCGUUUGCUGCGUGCUCGCAGUCACCGCCGUCGCCUCACUCGCCCUGUACAUGGGAGCCUUCAAGACUGAUUUGGACACAUCUGAUUUGAUAUUUGAAGGAAGUUUUCAAACAAACACAGAGAAGCAGUUUCUGCCAUUUUUACGGGACAAAUCAAGCACUGAAUUUAAAGAAAAAUCAUUGCUGUAUCAAACUAUGCUUCAAAACAUGUUCCAAGGAAGUGAUUUGCAGUACGCACUCAGGAAAUGUGUUAUUGAAAAAUUUGACAACACUAGCAAUGGAAAUGGUGCGGUAGUAUUAUUUCAGCUGUUCCUUGACAGAGGAAGUAUACAAAGAACAGCAUCCAGCUUGGAAGAGACAGUGAAGUCCAUAAUCAUAAAUAAUACAAAAAUGGGAGGCUUGGAGCAAAUUAGUAUUGAUCCUGCGACUGUGUUUAUUAAACGUUUCUUUGAUGGUGGGACUGGCAACAUACCUAAGGCACAAACAGGAGAUGUUUUUAGACCAAACUCUGAUAACAGGACUUUAGAAGUGAAGAAUGGUAUACUAAGGAAAGCUGUGCAGAAGCCACAACCAACAACAGAACAUUAUGAAAAUGUGACAAUGCCACAUGUGACUAUCACCAAAGAAGGAGAGUUUAUGGAAGCUUUAGAAUAUGAAGGUGUUAUUCCUGUAAUUGUAGGGAUAUUUACAGAAAAAAAGGAUGACAUUGUUGCACUACCUGGUGUACCUGAGACUUCAGAUGAUCAAACAAAAGUGACUCAUUAUCAGACAGCACACUAUGAAGUAAAUAAGACUGAAAAUAGUUCAUUUGCUCAUGAUAUAACUUCUAUUGAAGCAUUUAAUGCAGAUGAUGUGUUUAAAAAUAUGACUGAUGAAACAACUGUUUCACUACAAGGAGCUGAAAAUAAAAUUCCACCAUUUCAGAAAGGGGAACCACUAGAUAAAUUAAACAUAAAGGAUGGAGGAGAGGAAGAAGAGAGUGUGCCAGCAUUAUCAAACAAUAAUGCAGAAUUUUCACAUAUUAUAUACAACAAAAGUGGUACAGCAGUUCAUAACUAUGAAGGUGGCACAUUAUUUGAGAGUAAUGAAAAUAUUAAUCCAUUUCUCAUCAAAACUAAUACUUACAAUGAUAGAUAUUUUGAUUCCAGUAUUAGAAAAAUUUCUCAGAAUGAAAAAGAUGUAUAUUUUCAAGAAUCAGAUUUGGGAACCUACAACUUAAGCCAUGAGCCACAUGGAAAAAAUAGAAUUUUGUCAACAAGUAUAGAACCAUUUCCACAAACAAUAUCACCAGAAUCACCAGUAAUAAUUAAUGAGCAACCAUGGCAUCCAAUACUCCCAAAAUCUGAAGUAUCAACGCACAGAAAUGUUCACAGUAUUCCUCAAGAAGUUCUUGCUAGUGUUUCCAGCACUCCUACAAAUGUGAUGAAAUAUGCUUCUUCAGAUGAUGAUUGGAAACCGGUUAACAUGGAUCAUAGUGAGAACACUGCUAGUGUCACAGAUAGUUACAUAAGAUCUGAGACGAAUAAAAAUAAUGUUGAACAUAUGCUUAGAAAUUCUGAAAUUAAAGAUGGUACUAAUAAUGGUGUAAUUUCUCACAGUUCAUCAUCAGAUUUUCCAGACAUUGUGAUCAUUGAUCAUAUUAAAAAUACUUCAGAAUUUGGCAUAUCAACAAAAAAUACUUCUGACAAUUUUUCUCUUCCCAAAAUUUCUUUGCUUACUGACAGUUUGAUAACUGAUAGUUACAGUGAUCACAAAAUUAUAGAAACUCAUCGAGUAGAUCCAGUGCCUGUACAGAAAGUUUACAAAAAUACAGAUACAGUACCAAGAAUUCCAUUAUCAGACAAGUUUCAAAGUGUUCCAGUCUUCAUGGCAGAACAAUCAGAAAGUAACAAACACAGUUUGCCGAAAUUGCCCAACACUGAGUCAUCCAUCAUUACUGAUUUGCUUACCACAAUUGAGUCUGCAACAGUAGAGGCACUAGAGGAAUCCUCAACACCUUGGCCUUCAGUUAGGAAUAGUGUAACUAAUAAGACAGAACAAAUGGAUGAAACUUCAGCAUUUGUUAGACAGAAAUCUCAGUCAAUCAGUACAGGCACUGAGAGAGAAAAUGUUGUCGAAACUGUCACUGCUAGCAUCACAAAAAAUGUGAACAUGUCUUCAACAUUACCCUUUCAACCCACCAACCAAACAUUUACUUCUCCAAAUGUCAGGCAAAGUACUGGAAAACAAGAGAAGAAUAAUACGUUGUGGGACUCUGUCUUGUUGAAGUACAAAAGUGAAACUGUUCCAGAGCUAAUAGAGCUGUUUCCUGAUACUUUACUACGUCAAAAACAAGCAACAGCUGCACUCUCCCAAACAGUGAGACCUAGUCAUUCCCACUCAAUGGAAUCACUAUCCACCUUAGACAUUACUAUAGGGUCAGUAAGCCAUAAUAUUAAUGGAGGGCAUAAUACAAUGAAUACGACAAACUCAACUGCUUCACCUAUGAAUUCACUUCAAGAAAAAUCUCAGAUGAAGAGCCCAUUAUUUACUGAAGCAAGGAACUAUGUGGCUGGCCAUGUACAAGAAUAUUUUAAGGAUUCAAAAAUUACUACUGAAGACAUAAAGAAUAUAACGGCAUCUCUUUUGAAAAAUAUUACUACUACAGAAAAUUCACACCUUUCUGAAAAUGGCAGUGGUGUGACACAAGAACUGAAAAUGAGUCAGGUAUUGAAAGAAUUGAAAAACUUGCAUUCAAGCCAUGACCAAGCUUCAGAAAAGAGUAAUGUGGAGGAAGUAGUCACAGGAAGAUGGAAAGCAAGGCCUACCAUUCAAACACACACAAAAUUUUCUUCUCAAGGACAUGACUAUACAAGAAAACAGCCAGAAAACAUUGCUGCUAGUAAUGAAUCUGUUACAAAAAGUAACCAUGAAAUGCAGAGUCAGCUGAGUGAAACACCUGCACUAGAGAGAAGUGAUGGCAUAACUCCCAUAAUCCUUCCAGAAACUGAACUUGCAUCAAGAAGUAAAUUGAGCAAAACAUUUAUAAACAGAAGACAGCCUAAGAUGCACAACUAUGGCUUUCAAGUCCAAGAACAAGAUGACAACGUGAAAAUUAUUCGACAAGAUACACCUCAAAAUUUAACAAAUAAUUUAUUUUCCGCUUCCUCAACAACUCGUACAAGAAACAGAAACAAUGAGACAGAAAUAUUUUCAGACAUAUCAAGCAGAACUACACUUACUGCAUCACCUACUUCACUUUACAGCACUUCAUCAACAUUAUUCCAAAAAGAUUACAAAGUGAGUUCAGGAGUGAAGUCUGCUCCAGACCUCUCAGCUACAGGUACUUAUGAAACAGAUUUAAGACCAGACAGCACUGUUAGAAAUACUGUUGUCAACAUAAAUUACACAAUCAGCAAAGUUUCAACCAAAUUUAGUAACUCUAAUGGGAAUAAUGAGUAUGUUGAAAUAAGAAACAAUUCAGCAACCAAAUUCCCGAACAAUUAUAUCACUUACCAGACAAGUGUUGAACAUAAUGGGGAUUCAGAAAAGGAACCUUAUAAUUAUUAUGAUCGAAUAAUUAAUACAACUAAUGAAGAACAAAGAAUUGUAAAUGAAAUUAGUAAAUUUGCCACAGUUCAUAUGACUGGAUCAGACAAAAAGGGACAUGUAAACAAAUCUACUACAGCAACUAAAGUAACAACCACAAUACAACCCAUCACACAAGAACCUCAGUCAGCACAAAUUAUUGCAAGCUCUAGUGACAGAGGCAACCAACCUCUUUUUUCUAUGUUGACGAAGACAUUUAACAAGGUGUCAACAGAUGGGAGCUACCAGCGGAAUUCAAUGGCUGCUUCGACAAUAGUCAAUGUGAAAACUGAAGUUAACACUAGUGAGACAGCUUGUCCGAGAAACUACAGCUUCCAAUGUGGGGAUGGAGAGUGUAUCUCUCAAAUGUCUCGCUGCAAUCAGCUCGUUGACUGCAGUGAUGGAGCUGAUGAAAAGCAAUGUACUUGUGCUGAUUACUUAAAAACACAAUUUUCCACUCGAAAAUUGUGUGAUGGAGUUGUUGACUGCUGGGAUUUCACAGACGAGAUCAAUUGUGAAUGGUGUAGACUGGGGCAGUUUGUAUGUCCUAACUCUCAGGUUUGCGUGGAUCAGGAAAAGCUUUGUGAUGGAGCAACAGACUGUCCAUUUGGUGAUGAUGAGAAACGGUGUGUCACUGUCUCCAAAUCAACUAGAGAAGCUGACAACUUCACAUACCAAUCUGAAGGUUUUCUUAUGGUGAGGAAAAGAGGGCAGUGGGGUAAGCUUUGCUUGCAUAAUUUUGAAAAGAUUCUCGCAAAAUCUCAGUCAUCUUGGAAAAUAACAGAUCUGGGAAGAGCUGUGUGCAAAGCAAUGACGUACAGUGAUUUUGACACUGUUGAACACCAGACAGAAAUAAUUAAAAAUGUUGAUGAAGUGGAUGAUGAUCACUAUUUUGAGAUCACGUUUGCACCUCCGAACAGCACUGAAUACACACAGAAAUCUGUAUUGUCAUUCCAGCCUUCUGAGUGCCCCCAGCAGGAAUUGCUGCAUGUAACAUGCAAGGAUUUGGAAUGUGGAAUACGUCCACAAGCUGUAAACCAGUGGGCUAGGUCUCGACAUUCCAGGAUUGUUGGAGGUGGCAAUGCUGGACCUGGUUCUUGGCCAUGGCAGGCAGCACUCUACAAGGAGGGAGAAUUUCAAUGUGGAGCCACACUUAUAUCAGAGUACUGGCUUAUUUCAGCUGGACAUUGCUUUUACCAUGCACUUGACGACUUCUGGGUUGCUCGACUUGGUGCUUUGAGAAGAGGAACAAGUUUUCCAUCACCAUAUGAGCAGCAAAUGCCAAUAACCGAUAUAAUAUUGCAUCCAAACUACAUUGACAAUGGCUUUAUCAAUGACAUAACACUGCUGCGUAUGCAGGGUCCUGUAGCAUUCAGUGAUUAUGUGCGACCUAUAUGCUUGCCAAAGCCAGACUCAGUUCUCAAAGAUGGCCGACUAUGCACAGUCAUAGGGUGGGGGCAAUUGUUUGAAGAUGGCCGAAUAUUCCCUGAUACACUGCAGGAGGUACAGCUUCCUAUAAUAACAACAGCAGAGUGCAGGAAAAGAACAGUGCUUCUCCCACUUUACAGAGUUACAGAAAACAUGUUUUGCGCUGGAUUUGAUAGAGGUGGAAGAGAUGCCUGCCUUGGUGAUUCAGGUGGUCCUCUGAUGUGUCAGGAACCAGAUGGUCGCUGGACAUUGUAUGGAGUAACAAGUAAUGGCUAUGGCUGUGCAAGAGCAAAUCGUCCUGGAGUUUAUACAAAGGUAUCAAAUUACAUGCCAUGGAUAACACAAUCCAUGAACCAAAAUGGACGAUCUCUAAAGAAACCUGAACCUUUCUGCAGGGGACAUAGGUGCCCCCUUGGGGAAUGUUUGCCAAAAAGCAGAGUCUGUAACGGUUUCAUGGAAUGCAGUGAUGGAAGUGAUGAAAAAGGAUGUUGGUGAUGUGCUAUAGUACUGUCUUCAGCAUGAAUCCCACAGAGUUUGCCAGAUGUGAUGCAUAAGCAGUAGAUUGAAGUAAUGUGCUGACACCAGUGGUAGUUUCCGCCCACCAGAAUUUUAAAUCCUAAGAUGGCCUAAUCUGGUUGAAAUGAUAGGAACAAUUAAAAUGUGAUCUAGGCUGUGUUUUGUUCAUAAAAAAAUAGAACUAUUUAUUUUUGUGACAAAUGGCUGUAUUUUAAUCAGCUGUACAGCUCUGUUCAACAGAGCAGAUUCCUAGUGAGAUUAUUUUUGUAAGAUUAUUGUUCUGUGCAUAAACUGUAAAUAAUACUGUUAAUACUAUUGCAUGACUCAGAAAUCAACUGUGAACAUUCUGAGAGCAAAAAAAUUAUUUUCUGUGAAAAUGUUCUUUAAGAUAAUAGGACAGUCUAAACAGUUAAACUGUUGAUACUGUACAAAAAGAUUAAUGCAUAUAAUGUGAUUUUAUUGUAUUAUAAAUUUUUGUAGCUUGCUUGUGUGAAUCCUGUAUAUUCAUUGUGGAGAUUGUCCAGAACAUUCAAUAAUAUGGCGCAAUUUGGUUCCUGUCAUUUAUUAGAUAGUGUAUCAAUAAAUAAGUGCUCUGUGGAACUGUGUA